AUGGGGAACACGAUAGGAAUCGAAUGUUCAUUCAAUUAUAUUCGAUUGACAAGCAUUGUAGUAAAGAGGGAAAUGAAAAGUUGCAGUGAUGCUAUAUUUAAUGAUAGAAUCGGCACAGAUAGGGGUGAUCAUAAUAAUUAUACAUAUAAUAGUGAAACUCAAGAGGAAAAAGCGAACUGUUUUAGAUUCAACAAAUCUAUAGGAAAUUUAAAUGUUAAUGAAAGUGUUAAAUGUAAAUCAGCUCCUAUGCAACCGCAUGAGAAUUAUGUCCAAAUGCAAAAAGAUAUGUUCCAAUAUAUUCUAAAUAUAGAACACCUUAUUUCAGGUAGUGUACAUGUAGUAAUAUUACACAAAAAUGUAGAAAAAAACGAACAUUUGGAAUUUUCACCCACUGAACACAUUAAACACAUGAAAAAGGAACAAUUAGUAGAGGAACCAUUUUUUCUAUAUAAUCAUUUAGUUAAUCAAAGAUCCGGGAUCAGAAAAAGUUCUAAACAGAGUGAUCCACUACUGGAUGAUGAAAUUGCACAAAUUUAUUUUUUGACCAUAAAAUUAGCUAGUUUAGAGGAAGCCAUAGAAAAAUGCAAAAAGGAGAUAAUAAUGUAUACAGUUAUAAAUAUAACUGGAAGGAAAAGCAAUUACUUGAAGAAAAAAAUUUAUGAUUUUAAAAAAGUAAAUAACAUACAUUCUCAGAAGGAAAUCAAAUGUAUUACAAACGCACUAUUAUUUUUAGCAAAACAUUAUCCAAGUAGUUUACACAAAUAUGUAAAAGAACAAAACAAAUGUGAAAAAGAAGAUUAUCAUAAUGAUGUGAACAAAAAUAGAAAUGCACUCAGUCAUCAUUUCCUCAACAUAAUGGAAACAACUAAUAUAUAUCCAUAUUUAAUUGUUAAUGUAAAAAGAGAUGUUAGUUAUUAUUUAGUUAAUGAAGAAAAUGUUGUUAAACGAGUUGGUUCUUGUUUUAUUUCGUAUAAAAGUGUUCAGGGUCUCUUUUUUUUAAUAACAGGAAAAUUAUAUUCCAUGGAAAAAAUCUGUCAUCUAGCCAAAAAUGGAAAAAAUCAAACUUUCGACAUGACUGUUGGGGAUAUUUAUGGAACCUCUUACGGCAAUGCAGGACUUAGUAGCGAUUUAACAGCCUCAUUUUUUGGUAAAGCUCAGAUCAUUGAGAAUGUUAAAGGAUUCUUUGAUUCUUUGUUCCAGGAUGUUCAUGUUAUUGCAAAUUCAAAUUAUAAGAACUCCUAUUGGGAGGAAUCAUUCACCGGAAGUGAGAGUGGAUCCGAUAGUGAUGAACAUGGAAUCCAAAACAGUCAACACUCCUUCUACUCUCAAUCUGAAGAAGAGUAUCCUCAGGAUGUUGUCCAAUCGAACUGUAUCCUCUGUCACGGCUCCGGAACAUCGAAUAUAUGCAUCUGUAGCACUAGUUUUCCCCACUUCGAGUUUCAGAGUUAUUCUGAUAGUUCCAUAAUGAGUGGUAUGCAAAAUAAUAGAACACGAAAAUUUAAAGGAAAACAACAUUCUUACAUAGUUAAGGAAGAAUGUGAAAGUGCUCCUGAAUGUGACUUAAAUAUAUGCGAAAAAGUAAAUUUUUGUAGAAGAAGGAAAAAAAGUGCUCACUUUUUACAGUUAGCCAAUUCAUAUAAAAAGAGUUUCGAGAGAAAAAAAAAAUCUCCAAAAAAUUAUGAACAAGUCAGGCAAAAUUUUUUGAACUUUAAUAAAAAAUGUGUAAAGGAAAAAGGCACAAAUAGAAUAGCGAUUGACGAACUGCCUGUAAACAUGGGGGAGACAAGCAUCAUAGGCAAAUGUACAAAAGAUAACAAUGGACAGGUUAAUCAUUUGAACCAUGCGAAGAACAAUGGAAAUUAUUAUCAAGAUGAUAAUGCAAACGAUUCACAGAAAGAAAAUCUGAACAGCUAUGAAUGCGACUUAUCCAAAUCUUUAUUAUCUAUGGCUAUAUUUAACAUGGCGCAACAAUCGUAUAUUCAUAGUCAAUUACACAAUGUUAAGAACGUAUUUUUUUCAGGUUAUCUUUUGGAUAACUCAACAUGUUUGGAACUUAUGAAAAUACUUAUAAAUUUCAUGUAUCACAAUGAACAGCAGUUACAUUUUUGUAAAUUUUCUUCCUACAUGAGCAGUUUUGGUUCAGCUAUACAGUCCUUGCCCUGGGACAGAUGA